AUGCUUUUCACCUCCAAACACCCGGAUAUUGAAUAUCCAACCGACUUGACCGUAUGGGAAUGGGCUUUCGAAGAUCCAAAGUACUCGCCUUUGUUCAACUAUCCGCCGAAUGAGAUCGCUGGCUUCGUCAAUGCUGAGACUCAUGAGCGGCUUUCCUUCUCCGCGGUGAAGGAACAUGCAACCCAUUUGUGCACAGCGUUGGUCAGAAGGUAUGGUUUGCAAGUGUCGGAUACCGUGUCCUUGUUCAGUCAGAACACAAUAUGGUAUCCGGUGGGUCUAUUUGCCAUUUUGAGAGCAGGUGGAAGAGUGAAUGGCGCAUCUCCUGCAUACACCGCAGGUGAGAUGUCGCAUGCUCUUAAGACUGCGAACUCCAAAUACAUCAUGACAGUGCCCGACUCCAUCGCUGUAUCCCUUUUGGCUGCGAAGGGGGCAGGGAUUCCCAAGGAGCAUAUAUUUCUUCUAGAAGGGGAACAUGAAGGUUUCACAACAAUGAAGCAGCUCCUACAGAUCGGCAAAGGCUAUGGCGAACAUGGACAGAGUCCCAUCUACCGUAUCCCUGCAGGACAGACAAACGACAUCUGUGGUUAUUUAAACUUCAGUAGUGGAACUACCGGCCUGCCAAAAGCAGUGAUGCUGUCUCAUCGCAAUGUGAUCGCUCAAUGUCUCCAGCUCAAAGCUGUAGCAGGGGCCGAUAGAAAAAGAUAUCUAGCCAGCCUACCGUUGUUCCACAUUAGUGGACUCGUGCGUUUUCUUCACUGGCCUAUUGCUAGUAACGAUGAAUGUGUCAUGCUUUCACAAUUCAGUAUCGAAGGAUUCCUCGACGCCAUCGUCCGAUAUCAGAUUACCGACCUUACACUCGUUCCGUCCAUUAUUAUACGACUCGUACGUGACCCCCUUGUCGGCAGGUAUGACUUGACUUGCGUUAAACGUAUCGCGUGUGGCGCUGCACCCCUGGGGUCGGAGGUCAUUCAGCAGCUCAGGGAAAAGAUGCCAUGGACAGGCUUCCGGCAAAGCUAUGGCAUGACAGAAUCAUGCUGCUGCCUUACAACCCAUCCGCCGGAGUUCUACAGUUAUGAUUAUGCCAAUAAUUCUGGCACACUGCUGGGCUCAACAGUAGUCAAGAUCAUUGAUGUGAGCACUGGCAAAGAGCUAGGUCCCAACGAAGCUGGUGAAAUUCUUGCCAAGGGCCCCCAGAUUGCUCUGGGCUACCUCGGAAACCCGAAGGAAACGGCUGAAACCUUUGACACUGAUGGUUUCCUCCGUACUGGAGACGUCGGUGUGAUCGAUGACCAAGGCUUUAUCCGUAUUGUUGAUCGGACUAAAGAGAUGAUCAAGGUCAAGGGUCUACAGGUCGCACCGGCUGAACUAGAAAAUAUCUUACUAGGCCACCCAAGUGUUGGCGACUGCGCUGUCUUAGGGAUACCUGACCCUUAUAGCGCUGAGAGACCGAAGGCUUAUGUUGUGUUGAACCCCAAUAUCGAGGCCAGUGACUUAGUCGGUAAGAGUCUGAUCCAAUAUGUGAAAGAGAAGCUAGUACGUUACAAGUGGAUCAAGGAGGUUGAGUUCAUCGCGGAGAUACCGAAGAGCCCAAGUAGUAAGAUUCUGAGAAGAGUCCUACUCGAUAAGGAGAAAGAGGGAAGCAGGGGAUACGUCGUGAGGGAUAUCUCUGAGCGGCCGAGGUUGUAA